AUGGUGAACCUAGCCGUCUUCAAGAGAAAGCAUAAAAGCCAUCACAGCGACGUCGAGGUGACAUUUGCAAGUCACUCCAAGGGCUCGAGAGAUAAUUUGCCCACAGGUAAUUCGAAGUCGCCAGUGGUCUCUACUACAUGUUGUUGUUGUGGUGCAGCGCUCAAACAUCCACAAAUUGAGCACAAGUUGAAAUGCAUGAGAUGCCACUGUACACUGGAACUGACGUCGAAUGUCGAAGUCCGUACAAGCCACAUUUCUGUUUGCAGAUUUCAACAGUUUGAAGAUGUGGUUGUGGGCUGCAAAAUGGAGCUAGAGCAAAAAGGAAAGACCUUGGGCUCUGACUUUGCAAAGUGUCACUUGCACGAAAUUUUCCGCCCUCUUGAGAUUUUUUUGGAACGUCUGUUUUCGAGCGUGAGUAGUUUGAAUCACUUCUGCACUGCCAGCAACAGUGAAUUGGGGCAGUAUGAUUAUAAAAACAUGUCGAGCUUCUACGCGACGAUUCUUUCCCUUCCUACCAAAAAACCCUUUUACAAGCUUUUGAUCUGCAGCAACGAGCGUCUGAAAAAGCCCCGCGCCAACUUUUAUAACGACAGCUCUGUUUCCAAUUUUGACCAGCUCUUGUGGGUACUGAUGAUCUUGGAGAAUCCGCUCCUGCGACAGAGUCUCAAAUAUAACGAAAACUGUAAACCUCUGGCACCCCACAUCCGCGCCAUCCAAUAUGAAGUGUUAAAGCGAUCCAUCGGAUAUUUGGCAUCGGUCAAUGAAGCUACCGGCAAAGAUGUCAUCAAGUAUUUACAGGGGUUGAGCUCUCGGAGAUUUGAUGUACUUGUCGACCUGCUGAAUUUAUACAUAACGUUCCAUUUUUCGAGGAUUCUGCGCAAAAGAGCCAAGAUGGAGGCUUGUUUCGGAAGCCCAGAUUUGGACGAGUUUUGCUCAGACUCAAAACUUAACCCGAGGAAGCUAGACAAUGAUUUCGAAAUACUUCCCAGAAUGGUGGGUAAGUUUUUGACCAGCAACGGACGGCCCGACCUCGAUCUGCCAGUGAACUUCAAAUUCAACGUAACCGAGUAUGGAAACGACUGGCACAUUAGAACGGCUGCAAGGCUGCAGUAUUUUCAUUUUGUCGCAAGUCAGCGCAAGCACAAAUGUGCCACAUCGCGCUUUUACAACAUGCUUUCUGAUUACUUGGAUUACAAAAAGGACUAUGAGCAAUGGAAGAUAAAAUUAAAAGGGAAUGCUCCGGAGUCACUAAAGAGCUUUGUUGAAACGCUGGAUGGUUUGACAUUUUCACCGGGCAAAAACCCCGAAACGCAAUUCACAAUGUGUCAGUUCCCAUUUUUGAUGACAAUGGGCGUGAAGAUAUCGAUAAUGGAAUAUGAAAUACGCAAGGCAAUGGAACACAAUGCUGAACAGGCAUUUUUGAAAGCGCUUGAUAAGAAGAAAGUGGUGGACGUUUAUUUGAGAAUAUGCAUUCGCCGAGACCACGUUGCGGAGGAUUCGUUGCGUUGUAUCGAAGCACAUCGCUCUGACCUUGGUAAAUCACUACGAGUCGAGUUCAUUAACGAGCCCGGAAUUGAUGCCGGGGGAUUAAGAAAGGAAUGGUUUUCCCUCUUGACAAAGGAAAUUUUCAAUCCUGACAAUGGGCUAUUCAUUGUGAUCGACGAAAGCAGAUUUUCUUGGUUCAACAUGGCGUACGAUGGUUUGGGCGGUAGCCCCCAAAACUCUUCUAAGCUUUACUACCUGUUUGGAAUUGUAUUGGGCCUUGCAAUAUACAAUGGAACGAUUUUAGAUGUUUGUUUCCCAAGGGCCCUUUACAAAAAACUAUGCGGAGAACCACUAGGUAGUGGAGACUACCUCGAGCUUUAUCCUGAAACUGGUAGAAACAUUAUGAAAAUGGUCGAAUACAAGGAGAAAGAUUUCGAAGACAUUUUUUGCCUGAACUUUGAAGUUAAUUAUCCAGACGCUUGGGGUCAUAAGAUUCACAGAAGGGAACUUUGCUCAGAUGGUGCCAAGCGGCAAGUCACGCGCGACAAUUGUAGCGAGUACGCAAGAUUGUGGAUGGAUUUCCACCUAAACAAAGCGAUUGGCAACAGUUUCGAGGUUUUCAUGCGAGGUUUUCAAAGGGUCGUCAGAGGAGACGCAUUUCGUUUGUUCAAUUCGAAAGAAGUAGAACUGCUUUUAUGCGGAAGUCGCGACAAGGACAUUGAUGUCAGUACUUUGAAGAGUGUUUCCAAGUACGGCAAUGGGUUCACGAGCCAGUCAACGGUGGUCAAAUGGUUUUGGGAGAUUUUUGAUGAACUGAAUACCGAGGAAAAACGGAAAUUACUUGAAUUCGUGACCGGGUCAGAUAGAAUUCCGGCCACUGGCAUUUCUACUAUUCCAUUCAAAGUCUCUCGUCUCGGCGAUGAUUGUGACAGAUUGCCGAUCGCGCAUACAUGUUUCAAUGAGCUUUGUAUUUACGAAUAUGGCGAUGGCGCGAAACUCAAGAAAAAGCUUAUGGUCGCGAUAUAUGAAUCAGAGGGCUACGGAUUCAGAUAA